AAUAACGGUGUAGCUACAUUUUAAUUCCGGCUUUUAAUUUGUUUUUCACCGGGCCCGUGUCAUCAGUGCCGAUAAAACCAUUUCGCAAAUUAAACUUUGUAACAAAAACACCGUCCCGGAAGUCAUCCUCAAAAACGAUUCUUCCAAAUUGCCCCACGACAAAAAAACUUGUUUUUGCUGACACUUUAUUGCUGCAAUUAAUUGACAGAUAAGGUUGGGGGGUUUGGUGGAGUGUGUCUAAAAUCGAUAAAUCGGCCACAAAUGCAUAGAUAAUUAAUCGCGUUGUUCGGUAGGAAGGAACGUGGAUAUAUUUGAGACAUAGUUGGCGGCGGGCAGUUCGUGAAGCCAGGCCGUGAGAUCAGCCGAUGAUUGAUUUUUGCGCGGGACUCGAACUGGUUUUCUCGAAAAUGAUGUGGCCGCUAUGGGAGGUUCUUCCAAACAAUGUCUACACCAGCCUGCUGCUCCUCACAGUUUCUAUCUACCUCGUCUACCGCUACCUCACCAGGAACCACACCUACUGGAAAGACCGCGGUGUACCCUUCGAGGAGCCCGUUUUCCUAGCUGGCAACCUCUGGGACGUCUUCACGGGCAAGCGGCAGAUAGGAAAGCACCUGGGGCACCUCUACAGCAAGUACCCUCGCGACACGCCCUACUUCGGCAUCUACAUCAUGGGCCGGCCGUACCUAGUGCUCAGGAACCCGGAGAUCAUCAAGAGCGUCACCAUCCGCGACUUCAGCAACUUCGAUGAUAGAACAUUCGCGUGUGAUGUCAACGCCGACCCCAUGACUGGGAACAGUCUCUUCAUAAUGCGUAACCCGGACUGGAAGAACAUCAGGAACAAGCUAACGCCCAUCUUCACGUCGGGCAAGCUGAAGAUGAUGAUCAACAUCAUGAAGAAGUGCUCCAAGGAGAUGCAGACCUACUUGGGCGGCUUCGACGGGCAGGUGGUAGAGGUGAAGGAGGUCGCUGCGAAAUACAUGACGGACCUUGUGGCUUCGUGCUUCUUCGGAUUGGAGACCAAUUCGUUCCAGGGAGAGGAUACCGAGUUUAGGAAGGCCAGCAGGGAGAUGUUCGAGCUGUCGCCUAUGGGAUCCUUCAGUCUGUUUUCCUACUUUUUCGUGCCAGAUUUCGUGUCUUGGUUCAAACUGAAGCUGAUCGAUACGACGUUCUUGAGGAAUGUGUUUCUCAACACGCUGCAGUACAGAGAGAGGACGAAGACGAGGAGGAAUGAUUUCGUGGAUUUGCUUCUGCAGCUGAGGGAUAAUGUGAUCGAAUCCAAUGAUAAAGGAACUAUUUUUGAUACAGACCGAAUGGUGUCACAGGCGAUAACAUUUUUUAUAGCAGGAUUCGAAACUACUAGCAACGCCUUAGCUUUUGCCUUGUACGAACUUUGCAUCAGAACGGACUGCCAAGAAAAACUGAGGCAGGAAAUCUCAGAGAAUCUUGAAAGCGAUGAUGACAUAACAUUUGAGUCCGUUCAAAAGCUGGAAUAUUUGGAUAUGGUGUUCUCCGAAACUCUGAGGAGAUACCCUUUCGGUCCGUUCCUGAACCGCAAGUGUAAAGAGGAAUACGUCAUCAAGGAAACCGGUCUUGUUAUAGAAAAAGGAACACCGAUCCUGGUACCUCUGGAUGGUCUGCAUUUCGAUCCAGAAUAUUAUUCCGAGCCAGAAAAAUUCGAACCCGAAAGGUUCGCCAACGGAAGGAAGCUGCAACUGUCGCAAUCUUGCGUUUACAUGCCAUUCGGAAUGGGGCCCAGGAAUUGUAUAGGUGAUCGAUUCGGACUGAUCUGUGCCAAGGUGGGCUUAGUCUACUUCUUGAAGAAAUACAGAGUGGAAAGUUGCAAAGAAACACCUACUCCCUUAAUUUUGGACCCGAAAUCUCCUUUCAUGUUGCCAAUCAAUGGACUCAAAAUGGUGGUCACCAAAGUGUGAAACUAUUAUUGACGUAAAUUUUAGGAAAUAAGUUCGACUCUGGAUCUGCCACGAAUGAAUGAGAAAUAUUUCACUUCGGAAUGUUGGAUGCACAAAUUACUUGAUAUGAGUACUUUUGAUGUGCCGGUAAUUAAGAUAUAGAAGAAUUGUAUUUUGUUAUUAAUUCUUUUAGUGCUAGUAGACUACUUAUUUAUACUUAUAAGAGAACAAUCGUGCAUGUCUAUAAUUUUCGAUCAAGCAAUAGCUUUAGUUAAAUUUCGUUAUUAAAUAAAAAUGUACAGUUAGA